AUGGGCAACUGCUGCGGCUCCCAAAGCAACGAAAACUUCCAAGGCGAAGGUCGCACCCUCGGCGCAACUCCCGCAAAUGCUCCCCCUCAAACCGAUGGAGCGCGAGCAUCAGCACCACCCAAGAUAAGUGGUCCGAAAGGCGGACGAACGUUGGGCAGGAACCCGCAGGCGCCGGACGAUUCGUCGAGUCCGAAGGCGGCGGCAGCGAGGGCAGCAGAGGAACGAGCCAAAGCAUCUCAAGGCAAAGGCAAACUCGGCCGGCAACUCGAUGCACAAAAGUCACAGACGCAGUCGGACACAUUAGCUCAGUCGGCUCGCGAGAACGUCGCUGCGAGGGACGCCGAUGCGUCGGCGCAAGCUAGGAACUGGGACUGA